ACAUCUCAUCCAAAACUGACAUUAAAACGCAAUCAAAGCAAAUUCCGAAAUCCUUCCCACACACCAACAAAGCCUCCUCAUUCCCAAUUUCCAAUGGAUUUCAGAGUCAUGGGCUUAGAAAACCCAUUCCUCUCAACCCUCCAUCACGUACUAGACAGCAUCCCCGACGACGGCGACAAGUCCUUCAACGCCCCGACUCGAACCUACGUCACAGACGCCAAGGCCAUGGCCUCCACCCCAGUCGACAUAAAGGCAUACCCGAAAUCGUACGUCUUCAUCGUCGACAUGCCGGGAGUAAAAUCGGGAGACAUCAAAGUCCAGGUGGAGGACGGAAAUGUCCUGACCAUCAGCGGCGAACGGAAGAGGGAAGAUGAUAAGGAAGGGGCGAAGUACGUGAGGAUGGAGCGCAGGGUCGGUAAGUUCAUGAGGAAAUUCGCGCUGCCUGAGAAUGCGAAUGCGGAAGCCAUCUCGGCCGUUUGUCAGGAUGGGGUGCUGACGGUGACCGUUGAGAAAGUGCCACCGCCCGAGCCCAAGAAGCCGAAGACCGUUGAGGUUAAGGUCGCUUGAGAGAGAACGCGAGUGAAUGUGGUAUCUGUUUUUGGUUGGAUUGUGUUCUCUUUGUUUUUCAUGUAUUUGGGGAUUUCUUAUAAAGGUUGUGAUGCGUUUGGAUGGUA